GUUUGAAGGGGCCAAUAACCUUGGUCCUCCCAGCCUUCUAUGCGUCUUCUUCGAUCUUGAUCAAUUGGGUAUUGUGCUGAACGAGUAGCGUCAAACGGGGCUUGAUGUUUGCCUGUGUUCUUUGGUGUGUUGAUCUUGUGUAUUUAUUUUCAUUGAGGUUUCCCAGAAGCCAUAAUGGAACUUGUACAGGGUGAGGGGAAGAAGGAAGAAGGUACAAGUACAGUGCAUAGGAUGCAGCGCUCUCCCAAUCAAUGAGUGAUCCUUACGCCAGCUCACGAUGAGAGGCUCACACUUACAAUAUCAUACCAGUUAACUUAACUUAUAGUAUCAUAACCUAGCGAAAUAUUCAUCUAUCAAGGCCAGUCGAUCCUGGACAACUGCUGCUGCGGUGCUGCUACCGUAACCCAAGGUUCCUCUGCUCAAACAACCAGCUCUCUCCAUCACCUCACCUCACCGACCUUCGACUUCGGCUUCGACUUCCCCCAACUCAACACUCCUCACCACCCCAUACACCUCUCCCUCCUUAGCAGCUUACCUUUUCCACGGCGGCUUUCUUGUUCGGUGUUCGUUGUUACUGGAGAGAAAGUCAUUGCACUGGUUGUUCCGUGGUUUUCCAGCGUCCGCCUCCCAUUGCCGCUGAUUUACUUAAUCCCGUGCGUUGCUCUCCUAGUCUACCCUUCUGCCCCUCUUCCUCAUCUAUCCCUUCAUCAGCUUCCCGGUCAAAUUUUUGUCGCCGGUUUUGCUGCUAUUGGCUUCCCGCACACUCACUCUCUCACCCGUCACAUUCGCCUUUCCGCAACCCCUCCUUUAUCCUUCCUUCUCUUGCUUACAACCUUAUCCCGUCCUUCAGCCCUCAUCCCUCGCUUAGCAUUUUGUGAAGAGGAAGAGACCCCCUCGGGAGCUACAUCCAGUCAUGGCCGAUCCAGUGGAUUCAGUUUCCACUGUAACGGUUUAUCCCGUCACCUCUGCUUCGCUGCACACUUGCUCUCAUGAUGAAGAUCUCGACGGGCGUCUUGAUACCGAUGAAGAUCUGGAGUUCAUAGGGGAGGGCGAGCAGGAAGAUGAAGAAGACAGUAAGCCUAGUGUCUUUAACCAGGCUUCUAACGGUAAGGACAAGGAGGGGGAGAAGACCUCGCCUGGACAGGGCUCGAAGAAGGGUGGGGAUGGGGAAAAUAGGGGGAAUGAGAAGGAGCGGAAUAUAGCCGGCGGAAAAACUAGGGAUCUCGGAAACUCGGAUCGCGGUGUCAGCCAGAGUAAGGACACUCAGGUGCUCCCUGGGAUCAACUCGAAGCCCGCAACCAAACGAGCGCCUUUGACAUUGGUUGAGUUGCCGGUGGAUGUGCUGAAAGAGAUUGUUAAGGAGGUAGGUCCUAGGUUUCUAUCAUGCACACCUGGGUGGAGACCUAUCGUACGAAAUAUCUCUGUUUGCCUCUUUCUCUUCGAUAAAUCUGCUACAUCUACAACCUGGGCUGGCCUGAUUGACUUGCGGAUUUCUGACGUUUGCAUAGGUUAAUCACACGAACGAUCUGACUAAUCUGUCGCUUACCUGUCGUUGUUUACAUGCCCUUUCGAUACCUCACAUAUACUCCCGUUUUGAUAUAGUUUGGCCCGAUGCCUCUACUCCCGGGGACCGGACGGGUGUCGAUGCAUUGACCUAUGGGCUUGCAACUCUCACUGCCUCUGGACGUAGAGGCAACGACUAUGCCCGAUGGGUCAAGAAGUUCUCUUUGGGGAAUGGGCCGGGUGACUGGGUGGGGGAGUACAAUAUCAACAAGGAAGGGGGCAAGAUGCUCGGAACUUUAGUGGGUUUGGCGAUCACAAGAAUGAUAGCGCUGGAGACGUUCUCUUGGGAUAUGCCGACCGGGGUGCUGCGUGAUGUUUUCAAAGCCCUGCAUGACCUUAACGGGACGCUGAAAAACGUCCAUGUGAGGUUUCACGAUAAUACCGAGACUACUCCACCGACAUCUCAAGAUCCUAGUCGAAGGGUUGAGACCCCUACCUUCAAAGGAUUCGAGGGGUUGAGAAGCCUUAGCGUGCUGGAUAUCGACGAAAUGCAGUAUCUCGAGGAGGUUAGUUAUGCAGUGGAAAAAUCAGUCGACAAACUCCGAGAAUUACGUCUGGGUUUGGCGCACCAUGUCCCGCCUGGUGGAAGAUGGAUAAGAGAUUUAGAUGAGGUACCUCAUGGAGAAGCCUUGCCGCUUGUCCAAUCUGCUGUAGGCGGGGCCCUUGGAAUUGUAGUGAGCAGAACUGUCGAUUUAGAGGAGGGAAGGCGCCGGAGGAAAAUUAACAAGCUCCCUGAGAAUGCAAAUACCCAUCCUGGGCAAAAUACUCUUCCUCUCCCAGCGCUACCGCAACCACCAGGCAGUACUCCUGCGCUAGUAACUCUUGUGAAUGGUGUUUCCGCUCCUGCAAAUCCAGGCUUACAGGAAAAUGCUGGGCCUGAUCUCAUACCUCCUACCGAUGAUGCGCCUGUCACACCAGUCGACGGGACUUCGACUGCUACUCCUUCUUUAGAUGGGUUUGUAGAAGUCGAAUCUGCCGCGCCUGGUGUUGUCACGACUGGAGUUGCUCACACUACUGCUAGCAUCGACGGCACGGCUUUCAACAUUGUUGGUCCCGGAGCUGUUCAGCAAACCGUUCCAACGCUACCCUCGACCCCGAUAACUAUCCCGCAAGUGCUUUCACCAGUACCGCCAACUGGCCAGGCUGCUGAGCCUGUAUUUCCAAACGAGUCUCCAAGCACUCCUACGCCAACAGUAGCGCCUUCCGCCCCGAAACCAAAGCCGAUGAAACCAAUUGAAAGCGAGGAAGAGAAGCCGGUGGUUCAGCUGGCGCUGGAGACAUUAGAGCUUGAGAGGGUGCCGCUAUCAAUUCGGGUGUUGACGAGAGCCAUUGAUUGGGCAGCUUUGUCGAACUUGACUAUUCUUGGCUGUCAUGAUCAUGAUCGCUUUUGGAGAGCCCUUCGUCAUAGGUUCUCGCCGCAUCCCAACCACGGCUCCUCGGUGACAUCUACGAAUCUUGGUAUCAGUAAGCCUGGCUACCUGCGUCGUCCCAGUAAUCCAACCGGUUAUGCGCCAGAGUACAGGAUUCGGCUCAAGAAGCUUCACACGGACACAGUGACCGGGGCAUUGCUUGCUUUUAUCCGGGAAACUUUGCCUCCAAAUUCUUUAGAGGUGCUCUUCUUGCAGGAGACACCUAGCUACUCCAGUGUGGUACCGAUGGAGCUCAUCUACAAGUCUGCGAUUAGGCGGCAUAAGGGUAGCUUAAGAAAACUAUUGAUUGACAGCAAUGUUGGGCUUGGAGGCGAAAAUGCCUCAAAGUGGAUUUUUGAUAAGGAAGUUCUAGCGUUCGUUAGCAGUGGGAAGAUGCCGAACCUCCGCGAGUUGGGGAUGGCAAUGGAAUGGAAGAACUGGGUUUGUUUCCCAAGUGAUUGCUGCGAUUUCAGAUCUCUGACCUAUUAUAGCAUUACUUUUUAACCCGCCUUCCUCUUAUGCCACAGCUCCGAUCUCUCUAUAUUCACUACGUUCGUGGUGGCCCGCUUAUUUCGGACUAUGAGAGCAAAGAAAUGGCCCAGCAAAUUGUCAACACCGUCAUUCUCCGCCCAGAAGUUGAGCUUUGCUAUGUCGGCGUCCUGAACAAGUGUUAUGAACUCCUAGAAGACGGUGGGCCGGACGAUCCGGAAACGGAACCCGACAUUCCUUCAGCGACAGCGCAGCACGCGCCACCCGGUGCCGCUGGUGUACCGGGAUCCCCGACGAUUGGUAUGACGGUAGUCCCUAUAGCGAUCAAUAGCGAAGAUGAGGAUAGUGACGCUGAAGACGAGGAGGAGGAGGAGGACGAAGAAGAUGAAGAGGACGGAGACGAGACUGACACCGAUGAAGUUGCUGGUGAUAAAUACCUUUCUGACGAUGAAGAUUGGGCUGGUAAAUCGACGGACAAAGGCGUUAGAGUACGUUUGAGGGAGAUAUUGUUUUACGACGAUAAAGUCGCUGUGUUUAGAGCUAGGCAUGGGAAACUGUAA